AACAUCGUAGCGGAGAAGAGUCAACUAACAAGCAAAAAAGUUUGUAUUGAAAUACGUACAUCUGAAUUUUGAGUGCAUCUAAAACAUGGUUGAGAGAACCAUCAAACGUCGCCAUUCGGGACUCCCCCAAAUGGAUUGUGUGGAUCGGAUUCAAAGUAUUCCCUUGGUAGAGAAUAGUUUGAAGACCGCCGAGCACAUUUACAAUCGUGUCAAGACCAGCAAUCGCUUGUUCAAUUGGUAUUUGAGCACUGCGGAAAGUGUUUCCAUGGCAGCUUUGGACACUUUUAAGCCUGCUUUGCAACUCGCAACCGGUCCAAUCGAGAAAAUCGAUAAAGUUGUGUGCAAAAGUUUGGAUCUCGUGGAGCAACGCGUGCCUUCGGUGUACUUGCCGCCCGAAAUGAUGAUCUGGAACACGAAGGAAUACAUGUCGGAUCACUUUGUGCGUCCCGUCGUAAAGCGGGCAAACAGCGUGAAGCACAUCAGCGAAGAGGUCAUCAUGAAAAACCGCGUUUCAACAUAUGCCGCGGAGAAGGCGGAUAACGCUUUGGAUGUCGCAGACGCCGUAAUCGACAAAUACUUGCCAAACAAAACUCAAGACGAAAAAGAUGAAACUGACAAUAGCGAGGAAACGGGUGUCGUGCAUGCAUACCAUCAUGGCAAACGCGUCUCGAAGAAGUUGAAACGACGACUUACCAAACUCACGAUUUCCGAAGUUAAUGGCCUGAAGAAGCAAAGCAAGGAAGCUGUUCAUAUUUUGAUUUAUGCAGCAGAAUUGAUUGUAACCGAUCCUCGUCUCGCUGUUCAAAAAGCGAAGGAAUUAUGGAAUUAUUUGAGUGGACCUGAGCCUGAAAAUCAAGCAAGACCACAAACGCUCGAACAACUUAUUGCACUUUUGACGCGCGAAUCGGCAAGAAGAGUGGUUCAUCUGGUGAAUUAUACGGCAUCCGCUGCAGCUCAAGUUCCAAGAAAUAUUCAUGACUCGACCACAGAAAUCUUCCAUCACUUUUUGAUCGUUUCGAAUUCCCUCAUCAAGGCUGCGCACCUCGAAACGCUCAAGGACCAAACUAUGCAAGGUGUCAAUAGCGUCAAGACCCGUUACGAAGAUCUGCAAGCUUACACGAAUAUGGCUUUGGAACGUUUGGCGAUUUUUCUGUCGGGCCGCUUGGAAGCUGAAACCUCGAAAAUCUCCCCGAAUCCUCGCCGUCGUGCCAUACGAAGAGCCCCCAACAACACCCAGUCACCGAAUAAUCAUCCCGUGGCUUCAAUUGUGGGGCGCCAUCAACAACAAGCCUUUCUUAAUGGAGGUUACUGAGCUGGUGUUUGCCGUUUGCGUUAUUUUUAACUUUCUUAUAAUUAUGUGCGCAUUUUUAUUGAUCAUUAUAUAAUCUUUUUUUUUUUUGAUACAAAAAACAUGAAAUAAAACAUUUAUUCAAUAA